AUGUCGGAAGCCGCAGUGGUCUCGUGGUCCGGUCGUCGGUCUCAAGCAAGGUGUAUGGGCGAUGUGGAGGUCUGUCGAUCAUCAGGAGGCCAAGUUUGGCCAAUCUUAGGGUCCAUUUAUAACUUUACUGAAGUAUUUAUUAUUGGCAUUUAUUAUGGUCAAACUAAGAAACCUGACGACUCCAAUUUAUUUUUGGAAGACUUUAUUGCAGAAGCUAAAGAAUUAGUAGAAAAUGGAGUAAUAUUUAAUAACAAUCUUUAUAGAUGUGUACUUAAAAUGCUAUGUGCAGAUGCACCUGCUAAAGCUUUUGUCUUGAAUGUGAAAAGUCAUAGUGGCUAUUCAAGCUGUACCAAGUGCAACGAAAAAGGUGAAUAUCAAAACCGAAGAAUUGCAUUUUCUGAUAAACCUAGUAGAUUAAGAACUGAUGAAGAUUUUAUUAACAAAACAUCAGAGGGUUAUCAUCUUGGAACAAGUUGUUUGGAAAAUAUUCCACAGUUUGCUCUUGUUUCUCAUGUGCCAUUAGAUUACCAACAUCUUCUUUGUUUAGGAGUGAUUAAAAAGCUUAUAAAUUUAUGGCUCUGUGAUGCUUUGAAAGUUCGAUUACCAUUUCGUAAGUCCAAGUAA